UGCAAUCUGUACUUUAUAAAAACACACAUUUGAUUUCUGAGAAAACACACACACAAAUAUCCUAUGGGCUUCUCACACGUUACCCUGUUUCCUUUUCUCCCUUUCCCUUCUUUCCAGACUUAACUACCAGCCUCAAGCGUUUUUAACUCUCUCCCCUCCAGCUUCUAGCGCCAGAUACCACCUAGAAAGGACAGAGGGGCGCCGCCUCAGCUCCUGCAAUGUGCCAGGUGGAGUUUGAGAUGGCCUGUGCUGCUAUCAAGCAGUUGAAGGGACCUGUGAGUGAUCAAGAGAAACUGUUGGUGUACAGCUUCUACAAACAGGCCACCCAGGGCGACUGCAACAUCCCUGCCCCGCCCACCACAGACGUGAAAGCCAAGGCCAAGUGGGAGGCAUGGAACCAGAACAAAGGGAUGUCCAAGAUGGACGCCAUAAGGAUCUAUGUUGCAAAAGUGGAAGAGCUGAAGAAAAACGAUACUGGUUAAGGAGGACAGAGUGUCAGUCAGACCGAAGUAGCACGGCGCCUCUGGUAGGGAAAAGGGCUUCUUAAAAGACCUUGAUGGCUGAAAUGUCCUGAAACCAUAACAACCAUAGCUGAGACAUCAAUAAAUCACUUAAACUGCAUGGGAGUGAUUGUCUGCUGUUGGAAAAGUGAUAAACUCAAAGUCAAGUUACAGCACAAAGGGCAGGAUCUGCUUGCUGCAAGACAAAAGCCAAUCAUCAAGAGGCAAGAUGGUGGAAAAGAAAGGGCAGUUUAUCACAUCUUGUUAGCAAGGGGGAAG